AUGACUUAUACUUCACCAGCAGUUGUCAUAGACAAUGGAUCUCAUACUACGAAAGCUGGGUUUGCCCUGGAUGAUUUACCAUCAUUGGUAUUCAAUUCAAACUAUGUGGUAGAUUCAAAUUCCAAAGUUCAGGUUGGAGACAAACAAAUAGACGAAAACCCAGAGAGCGAAAUAAUGACAUUCAUGGAAAACGGAUUAAUCUAUAACUUUGAUAAUAUAGUUCACAACUGGCAAUAUGUCUAUGAUAAUAUUGAUAACAAUAAUGCAAUAAAUGCUAAGGAAUUUCCAUUAAUGUUAACAGAACAGCCAUGGAAUACAUCCAAGAAUAAAUUAGCUACGACCCAGAUAGCAUUCGAGACUUUAGAGGUGCCUAUCUUUUCACUUGUUAAGACUCCUUUGUCACAAUUAUAUCACAUGGGAAGAUCGACUGGUCUUGUCUUAGAUAUUGGAUCUUCAGUCGCCAGCGUAACGCCUAUAUUGGACGGUAUCAUUCAAUCAAAAUCCUCUUUCCAUUCUAAAUAUGCUGGAGAUUUUGCAAAUUUACAUGCAUUAAGUUUUUUGGAAUCCAAUGUUUCUAUUGAUAACUUGAUACCUAUGAAGUUCCAAUCUACCAGAAUGUCACAAUCAUUUAAAGAUUAUCAAAUAAGUUAUAAUAUAUUACAAGAUUUCAAGAGCUCAAUGCUCAAUGUUUGUGAGAUGCCAGCCGGACAAUCAACGAAUGCAUUAAACCCAAAGAAUUACCAAUUACCUAAUAAGAGUCAUAUCGGGAUCAGUAGGGAACAAAUUAAUUUGUUAGAGAAUUUAUUUCAACCAGGUUUUUCGCCAUUACUGAACUUGGCCAUACCCGAAGUCAACUUUAAUAAACCCUCAACCAAUGGUUUAUCGAGCUUGAUAUUGUUAGCUUUAAAGAAUUUAGAAAGUUCCUUUAUUCCAAACAAUGAACCAAUGAACACAACAAAUGUUAACUCCCGUUAUACAAAAUUCAAUGAAAUAUUGAGAGAGUUGUUAUCAAACAUUUUAAUUACAGGUGGUUCUUCAUUAACUACUGGAUUAUCUCAGAGAGUGAUAAAUGACAUUUAUAAGUCUGCUCAUCAAUUCUUUCCAAAUUACAUUUUUACGCAACCUGGUAGAUUAGUAUUAGGAACGCUAGGUAAUUAUCAACAGAAUGAUAUCAACGAGGUUUGGGAUAAAAAAUUUGGUUCGUGGUUGGGUGCAUGCAAUUUGGCCAGUAUGUUAAAUGAUAAUGAUAAUCAAGAAUCAAACGGUAUCAACAUUGCUUUAGACAAUUGGUUUGUUACGAAGAGUGAUUAUGAAGAAUUAGGUGAAGAUUUAAUUUUAGAAAAGUUUAAAUAG